AUUAUAUUAUAUUAUAUUAUAUUAUAGGCUUUAAAGGUGACAACCAGCACUUUAAAUUCCGCCCGGUAUCAAACUGGAAGCCAGUGGAGCUGCCACAGCAUGAGGAGUUGUUCUUUCCCUGUAAGGUGCUCCCGUUAGUAGCCUGGCUACUGAUCUCUAAACCAGCUGAAGCUUUCGAGCGUUCUUAAAGGCAGCCCCACAUAGAGCGCAUGAACAGCUCUUACAGUGAGGAAGUUCUUCCUAAUGUUCAGGUGGAAUCUCCUUUCCUGUAAUUUGAACCUAUUAUUCCAAGUCCUAGUUUCCAGGGCAGCAGAAAACAAACCUGCUUCCUCUUCUUUAUGACAUCACAUAUUUAUACAUGGCUAUCAUGUCUCCUCUCAACUUUCUCUUCUGCAGGCUAAACAUACCCAGCUCUUUAAGACACUUUUCAUAGGGAAUGGUCUCCAGACCUUUGAUCAUUUUAGUCACCCUCCUCUGCACACUUUCCAGCUUGUCAAUAUUUCUUUUUCACUGUGGUGCCCAGAAUUGGACACAGUAUUCCAUGUGAGAUCUAUCCAAAGCAGAAUAGAGAGGCACCAUGAAUUCCCUCUAUAGCCCUUUUGAUGCAGCCCAAAAUCCCAUUGGCUUUUUUAGCUACUGCAUCACACUGUUGGCUCAAGUUCAACUUGUUGUCCACAAAGACUUCAAGAAAGUACAGGGUUGCUUUUUUUGACCCGUGGAUUGUUGAGGGUUAUUCCACAGGGAGGGGAAAGCACCAGUAGCACCUCAGGGGGAUCAGCCCUCCCUAGCCAUGGCUUCCAUUGUCCUGCAUAGGCUUUUUAAAAGUCUAGAGCCAGAGAGAGAAAGGAAAGUUGGUGCUUCUUUUAGAUUCUCUUGGGAUAGACUAAGGCCUCAUUGUUAUUGUUAUAUUAAUGCAGUCUGAAUGCAUCAUAUGGUCAGUGUAGAUUCAUAUAAUGCAGUUCAAGGCAGUUAAACUGCAUUAUAUGAGUCUACAUUGACUAUAUAAUGAAGUUUCAAACUUGUAGAUGGGGCCUCAGAGAAGGAGAAAUUUCCUUUUUUUAUAAGGCAAGUGCUUACAUUGUCCCAUGAGCAAGUCAACCUGGGGUGUUUUUUUUUGCUGAUUUUUCAUUAAAAUUCCUAGACUUAUACAUGAGUAUAUACAGUAAAUAAUUCUAUUAAAUUAAUUAUGGAUGGCACGCUUCCAAGAAGAUUAAAUUUGGUAUCUUCCUUGGUUUCUUUUUGGAGGCAGUAAAGACUUCAUUUUUAUACUGUUGUGCAUUUGGAGCAUGAUAGAGAUGUUUAUUGUUGCUUUUAUGCUGUUUUAAAUUAUUAUGUUAUUUUAACUGGAUUUUCUUAAUGCUUGUAAUUUAUUUUAUUAUUAAAAUUUAUGUGAAGCCUUUUUCUGAAAGAGCAGUCUAAGGCUGCACACAACACCUAAUAGUAAGCCUAGGUCCACCAACAGAAAAGGAUGCCAAAACUGAACAAACUUUUUCCAUCACUUUUCCACAUCCAGUCAUAACUAACAUUUUCGGGCAAAUGUUUGGUAUUUAUUUUGCACAGAAGCCUCCUGCCUUCCCACCUCCAUUGUACUCCCUCACAUAAGCUUAAGGAAAUAUUAAAUUUCUUCCAUAUUUUUUUCCAAAUGUUCAUCAGACAUCAAAAUGUUCAGGUCCAACAGACUUCUUAUUUUUGAAGUGGGGGAAGGAGGGAAAUGCUGUUAUUGAAACCAUGUAUUAAUUUUCACUGGAGAGGUAUGUGCAAUGAUAGGCUCCUGAUUAAAAAGUGGUAUUUCCUGGAAAAAAGGACACCAUACUCAAGUAAUGCAUACGGACAGAUCAAUCAAUACCACUAAUGCAUCCUAAAGGUUGUUGCUUUUCCUGCACUCGUUGCAAAAGAAUUAAUGGACUACAAUGGAGAUUUCUAUUCCUGUGAAUACAGCAGUGAUAGAUUAGAGAGUCUAUAUUAUGUUAAACAUGAUUUAGACAUAGAGUUGUAUCCAAAUAAGAAAAUUAGAAACAGAGUUCUGUAAGACUUUCUUUCAUUCUUUAACAGCUUUGAUGUGUACAAACUUCUACUUCCCUUCUAUAAUAUGAAUAAUGCCUCAUCAAUUGUGCAUAUAUUAAGAUGUACUGAUUUGCUACGCAUCCUCACAUUUCUUUGUUGUUCUUACCUCCCUGUUACCUCUAUCAAAAUCUAGCUGGAGUUUAAGCUUCUUGUGAAAGGCAGACCGUGGAAACAUUGUUUUUGGACUACAACAACCCCAGAUUGUGGACUAGUAUUGCGAGAAUCCUCAUUGGUCAUUGGGCUUGCUUGCUCAUAGAAAGGAAUGGCUGGCUGGGGGGAAAGAAAUAGCUUUGGGAUAUGGAGACUUGUAUAUGCAUCAUAUGCAAUGCAAAACAAAGCAAACAAAUCUGCACCCAGUAACAGUCCUGUAAAAAUAAUGUAUUAUUAAUAGUCAUGUGCAAUCCUUCUUAAUUAGAAGCUGCUUUGAAACUGAAUUGAAUUACUUCAAAUUACAGCUGUAACCUGUGUUAUAUCAUUUCUAAGAGUAUAUUCUAAAUGUUUUUCAUAUUGCGAAUAAUGUGAUUCUAUUUUAAUAUUGAUUUUUGCAAUGUUUUUAACUAUGUGCUUCUCUACACUGACUACAAAACUUGAAGUGGGCCAGGAACCACCCCUGGCUGUCUUCAUGACAUCCAGAGACCUCUAGUCCUUCAUGUGGGAUAAACCAAGUUGAACUGGUUUAACCCCAUGCUAAGGAAAGCUGGGGAAUGCUCAAAUGUUUCAGUGAAACUCCAAAGUAUCCCCACACUUUUGGCAGAGUGUUGGCAGCUGACCAACUUUGAUUAAUAUUGGUCUGCUAUCCACAUGGGCCAGUACUACAUAUCCCUAUUCCAUUCACUUGUCAACAUAAGGAAAAUGGGAGGGAUUGGGCCCAUGUUGUUGUCACCAUUGCUAAUAGUGGCAGAGUUCCAGGAGAGCCCCUGGCUGAUGUGGGUGCCAUGUGCUGACAUCAGGAGUGGCAACAGCAACAAGGAAGAUAAGGUGAUACCGGUAGCAGGCCCUGCUGGACCAUGCAGAGUUCACCUUGCCAUUGCUGCGAGCUGGUCCGUGUAGACAAGCUCUAUAUUGCAACAAUUUCAAUUUGAAAGCCACAUAGAUUGCCAAUUAUAGUGAAAAGAUGGGUCUAAGUCAUAUUAUAGUUAUUGAUGGUGGUGAUUAUGAAAACAUGUGUGUGUAUAUGUAUACAUAUUCCACUGGUUUUUAGAACCAGUACUGGUUUGUAAAUUAAAACACAUAAUUGAAAGCAUACAAACAGAAAAAAGACACGUCCCUAGUAGUCAAUCUCUCUGAUUACCAACUCUCACCACAGGAGGCCGCUGUCAUUAACAAGGGACUAAGCUUUGUCCCCACUCCCAAAUUUGAUCAUUUCAAAACUAGAAUUGAACUAUUUCAUUUAUUUCGUACCAUCAGACUAAAACAGUUUUUUGGAAAUAAAACAGAAACCGAACCUCACAACCCCUUUAGAGUCAAGAGUCAUUUUUGCCCUAACAUUGAUAACUUUAUGAUUAAAGCCUUUGAGAAAGCAGUUACUAGGGACAUUGACAUUCUCUCUAAAUCUAAAAACAGAAUUCAUCACAACAUUUCCAACACAGAAUUAGAGAUCAUUAAGAGAUUAGCUAAUAUGCCUAAAUAUGCCCCAACACAUUUUCUGAUGGAUCUAUUAGACAUUGUUCUAGAAAACAAUUAUUUUAAAUUUGGCACACAAUUUUAUUUACAAGUAUGUGGAGUCGCCAUGGGGAGUUCUCUGGCUCCUGCUAUUGCCAACCUAUUUGUUGCCUACCUUGAGACAAAAUUCAUUUACAACAGCACAUACAAUCUAGAUCUCCCCGACAUGAUCUAUUAUGGACGAUACAUUGAUGACAUCUUCUCAAUUUUCCGGUCUGAUACUGCAGCAUCACAUUUUAGAACAUGGAUUAAUACCAUACACGACCACAUUAAAUUUACAGAUACAUGUGACCGUAAUAAGAUCAAUUUUUUAGAUGUGUGUGUAUUCAAGAAAUCAAAUAGACUUUACAUCAAAAACUACACCAAACCUACUGAUAGAAACUCCUUAUUACACUUUAACAGUUUCCACCAUCACUCUUUGAAAUCUAACUUACCAUACAAUCAACUAUUAAGAUUAAAACGCAACACCAGCCUACAGGAAGACUUCGAAUCUAUCAUAGACCCCUUCAAACAGGCACUGAAGAUGAGGGGAUACCCUGAAAGAAUUGUAGACUCAGCAGUCAAAAGAGCUCAAAGGGUCAAUAGAAGUAUCCUACUACAAGAACAAACUAAGCCUAGUAAGGAUCGUAUCAUCUGGCCACUUACACUCACACCACUAUCAUCCAAAAUUAAGAAUAUCGUCAAUAGACAUUGGCAUCUAAUACACGAGAUCCACGGCUGUGAAAAACCACCUAUGGUAGCCCACAAAAGUUCUAGAAAUUUCAGAAACUAUCUAGUACAUGCAGAUCUCAUUACUCCCACUACUACAGUAAGCCUAAACAAAAAAGGACAUUAUCCAUGUGGCCAUUGUAACUGUUGUAAGCAAUCCCUAAGAAUUCAAGAUGAUAUAUACCCCAUACUCCAUCUUCACAUCACAUUAAGACACUUUACUACAUGUGCAUCUGAAAAUGUCAUAUAUUUGAUUAUAUGUCCAUGUAAAUUGUUAUAUGUAGGGAUGACCUCUAGGGCAUUGAGAACACGGAUACAAGAACACAAAUCCAGAAUCAGGAAUGGAUGCACAGACUCUACUCUAUACACACAUUUUCAAGAAAAAGCUCAUUCUGAUGAGAGUUUUAAGUUCUUUGUGAUAGAGAAGGUAAAACCCAUUGGAGACAAUAAAAGACUUCUUCUACAAAGGGAGUCUUUCUGGACCUUUAAAUUAAACUCUGUAUUCCCCAAAGGACUGAAUGAUAGGAUUGAUUUCACCUGUGAUCUUUAGUGAAUUGAGUAUUUCAGUUCACCAUGCAAGCCAUAGGGCACUUGCAACUUGAGAAAAAACACAAGAGCCCUGCAAGAGUAACGACGUAAAUUGACUACAUUGAAAAGCCUUGAACUGAAGCAGGACCAAGCAAGUAAUUAAGAUUAAAGAGACAGCAAUAAAUCCACUACAUACCGCAGAAGAUUCUGAGAAUCUCAGUAAGAAGAAAAAUACCAUACAUCAAAAGACUAUUUAAGACCUUACAUAAAUAACAACAACCUGAAGAAGGACUUCCCGAAACGAGGCAGUGUACCCGGGAUUACUUGUUGUUGCAUAGUUUUGUUCUACAUACACACAACAGCUGUGGACUGUUUUCCGUUGAGUUUGAUGUAUGCUUUACUUUAUAUGUUACUCAAUAAGGUUGUAUAAUUGUAUAUAUACCAUAAUUGUGGACUGUUUUCAGUUGGAGGUUUAUGUGUGUUUUGCUUUAUAUGUUUCACAAUAAGUUAGUACCCGGUUGGGACUGUAAAGAAAAUACUCUAUAUACUAGCAUACCACAAUACACACGCUAAAACCUA